AUGGCGGCUCUUCAGAAUGGCGCGGCGAAUGGUGCGGCAAACGGAGAUGCUUUAAAGGCUCCUACUAGCACCCGAUUCUCCGAUAUCCCGUCCGCCAUCGAUAUCCCUGUCCAGGGCGACCAGGAAGACGAAGCGGUCGAAAUCGAUCUGGAAGACCUCGUCGAUGAUCCCACCGAGCUGUGUACUCUGUUCGAAAACGAGCAUGCGGCAAAGACAUAUUGGAUGACCGUCGCGUUGGCAUAUGCGAAGCAACGGAAAAUCGACCACGCCAUCGAGAUGCUGAUUCGAGGUGGCAACGCCAUACAGAGCGGCAACCCACGCGAUAAGGUUAGCAUGAUUUGCUGUCUCUGUUGGAUGUACUUGUGGAAAAGUCGAGAAGCUCCUCGUGUUGCGCCUGACGGUGUUCAUGUGUCGGAAGCCAAGACGAAAGAGUACUAUCUCCAGCUUGCAACGUCAUCCCUGAAUGACGCUGCACGUCUCAACCCAUCCUUCCCACCCAUCUUCCUUGCUCGUGGAGUGUUGCUUCUGCUCAGAGCUUCACUGCAAGGCCCAUCAAAGACAGCUGGAGGCCUAGGGACGGAGAAGAGCGAGCUUCUCAAGAAUGCCGCCAAGGCCUUUGAUGAUGCACUCCGAGUCUCUCAGGGCAAGAACAUGCUGGCGCUGAUGGGAAAGGCUCGCACCCUGUUCUCCAUGCACAAGUACCCCGAGGCAUUGGCUACAUACCAAGACGUUCUUCAGAAGAGACCUGACUUGGUGGAUCCCGAUCCUCGUAUCGGUAUUGGUUGCUGUUUCUGGCAACUUGGGUUUAAAGACGAUGCAAAGGUAGCCUGGGAAAGAUGUCUGGAAAUCAACCCCGACUCUAAGGUUCCUAACAUUCUCCUUGGUCUAUACUACCUCGAUGCCAGUGGUCACGUUCCGGUCAACAGCGACGAGUUCCUCAAGCUUUAUAAAACGGCCAUGAUCGAAUACACUCAGAAAUCAUUCAAGCUCGAUAAGGAGGUCCCCAUCACCUGCUCCACCUUCGCAGGUUACUUCCUGUCCCGAAAGGCGUGGGAUAACGCAGACAAGCUGGCUCACAAAGCCAUUCAAUACACUGAUGUCAACGCCGUUGCCAGUGACGGAUGGUAUCUGCUCGCGAGAAAAGCUCACUACAACGGUGAUUUAGAGCGUGCCAGUGACUACUAUCGUCGCGCCGACGAUGCUCGUGGAGGUACCGAGACUGGCUAUCUCCCAGCUAAGUUUGGUGUUGCACAACUGUCUGUCAUGAAAAAUGACCUGGGAGAGGCCAAGUUAAGACUGGAAAAAAUCAUCCAGCAGUCUAAAAACCACGAAGCCAUGAUUCUCCUAGGGACCAUCUACGCGGAGGAAAUAUUCACCAACCAGAACAGCGACAGCAAGGAGGAUAGGUCUGCGGAAAUGAAGAAGGCAAUUGCUUUGCUAGAGGGCGUCAGGAAUUCUUGGAAGGACCCAAAGAAGGCCCUAUCACCUGACGCUUCCGUCCUCCUAAACUUGGCCCGACUAUAUGAAACGGAGAACCCUGAAAAGGCUUUGCAGUGCUUGCAGCAGGUUGAGCAACUGGAACUCGAGCAAAUUCCAGAGUCUGAAAGACCAACCGAUGUACCCGAGGCUGAUCUUCAGGCGGCUCUUCGCAAGUUUCUUCCACCCCAGCUUCUGAACAACAUUGGUUGCUUCCACUCUCAGGCGGAGAAGCACGAUCUAGCCAGCGAGCUGUUUGAGGCUGCUCUAGGUGCGUGUAUGAGGGCCGGUGAGAAGGAUCCCACAAUGGACACCGACGCCUUGGUGACCACCAUUAGCUUCAACCUUGGUCGAAGCUAUGAGGCCCGUGGGCUGACGGACAAGGCCGUCGAGGUGUACGAGGGCUUGCUCAACCGCCACGACGAUUAUACUGAUGCCCGCACUCGGCUUGCGUACAUUAAACUCAGAAAGAAUCCCAACAAGGAAGGACCGGACGCUGUUGCAAAACUAUACCAGGAGAACACAGCUGAUCUGGAAGUCCGAGCCCUCUAUGGGUGGUAUCUCGGAAAGGUCCACUCCAGAAAGCGCCCUGCCAACAUUACCGAGGAUCACGAAUUUCGCCAUUACAAGCAUACGCUACAAAAUUACGACAAGCACGAUAGAUAUGCCUUGGUCGGAAUGGGCAAUCUUUAUCUCCUGCAGGCAAGAGAAAUGCGACGCGAAACAGAACAAGACAAGCAGAAGCGGAGUGCGACGUAUUGCAAGGCUGUUGAGUUUUUCGAGAAAGCUCUGUCACUCGACCCGAAGAACGCCUAUGCAGCUCAGGGCAUUGCAAUCGCUCUUGUGGAGGAUAAGAGAGACUAUAAAACGGCUCUCACCAUUUUCAACAAAGUUCGAGACACGGUCAAGGACUCUCAUUUAUACGUAAACUUGGGUCACAUUUUUGCUGAACUAAAGCAAUUCUCCAAGGCCAUUGAGCAUUACGAGAUUGCUCUAUCCAAAGAUGGCAAAGCAAAUGAUCCAGUUAUCCUCUCAUGUCUUGGCCGCACUUGGCUAAACCGAGGAAGAGUAGAUCGAGAUGUGGACUCGUACAAUAAAGCCCUUGAAUGCGCCAAAAAGGUAAGCUCAUUGCUUCGGUCUCUGGUCUCAGUAUCUCUUGCUAACAAGGACUCACAGGCGCUUGAGGUGGCUCCGGACCAAAUACAUUAUCAGUUCAACGUUGCUUUUGUUCAGAUCCAGCUCGUGACAACAAUUCAAGGCCUGCCCGAGAACAGACGGACGGCUGAGCAGCUAGAAGAGGCAUCUGAGGGCCUCGAAGCCGCCAUUGAGUCGUUAGAUAAGAUUGCUGCUCAUCCUCAAACACCUUAUCCCAAGCACGAUGUCGAACAGCGUGCCAACAUGGCCCGCAAUACGCUCCGCAAGCAGCUCGAGAGAGCACUCGGAAAGCAGAAAGAGUGGGAGGAGAAGAAUAAGGAGAAGAUCUCGGCCGCCAAAGAACAGCGAGAGGCCGAGAUGAAGAAGCGUGAAGAAGAACGGCAAGCAGUUCUAGAGAAGGAGCGAGAGCGACAAGAGAAGAUCAGAAAAGAACGAGAGACCAUUGCCGCGCGCGAUAGGGCCCAAGCAGAACAGCGAGCUGAGGAGGAACGAGCACGACAAGAGGCGGAGAUGACUACGGAUGAAGAGACUGGCGAGAAGAUUAAACGCAAGCGCAAGCCAGCACCACGUGCCCCUGCUGGUGAGGGCAAGCCGAAGAGAUCAUCGAAGAAGAAGAAGGUCGAUGCGGAUGAGGAUGAGGGCUCUGAGGAAGAGAACCACACCAAAAAGAGACGCCGUCUCACUAAGCGAGAGUCUUCCAAGUUCAAGUCGGCUGAAAUUGUGGUUGAUUCCGACGAGGAGGCCAACGAGGAUUACGACGACGAUGCUCUCGAGCGCGCCGAGAGGAACCUGGACAGAGACGAGACGCCUCUCUCCGAAGCCGACGAAGACGCUGCCGAAAAGAUGGACGUUGAUGACGAGGACAAGGGUCGCGGCGAAGGAGACGACGAUGAGGAUGUUGAUGCUCCCCGAAGCCAGGCCAAGAGGAGUCGCAGAGGCCGUGUGAUUGCAGAGAGCGAUGAGGAAGACGAAGACGCGGAGCCCAGCAGUGCUAAAUUAGAUGAGCGCGCUGCGGCCGUGGAUGAGGAUGACGAAUAA